AUGACCGAUAGCGAACAAUGGAUCAACCAGAUCGAAGCGACCCGCAUCCCCACACCGGAAAUACAACCGCUCGGAACCGUACAAAGCCUGCCCACGCUGCAAUCGUUCUACAACCUGGCUAGGCUGGAAGCUACCCAAUCAUUCCCAACACUUAUGACAGCAGCGAGCCGCCUAGAAGCUCUUGCUGCCAGCUGUACAUCUAGUAAAAAAGCUCAGACGUUCCUACGUCUAGCCGGCGAGCACUAA